GCUUGUUUGUCACACACAUAUGGGAUGAGACCGGACCAACAGCUGCUUUGAGUUUUGACAACGGCAGCAGCUUCAACAUGGGGAGGAUUGCUAAAGAGGUUUCCGGUCAGAUCCUGUGCUUCGUCGGUUUCGUUGGCAUAUGCGUCUGUUGCGGCAUUCCCAUGUGGCGUGUCACUUCAUACAUCGGCGCCAACAUCGUCACUGCUCAAAUCGUCUGGGAUGGCUUGUGGAUGAACUGCGUAAUCCAGAGCACAGGACAGAUGCAGUGUAAAGUCCAAGACUCAAUAAUGCAUCUGACGACGGACUUGCAGGCGGCCCGUGCCCUGACAGUCAUCGCAAUAUUGUUCGGCUUUGUCGGAAUGCUUUUGACGUUUGUGGGUGGACAGUGCAGCAGUUGUCUGAAGAGAGAGAACUCCAUGGCAAAAGUCCUCAUCCUGGGUGGGAUCCUCUGCAUUGUAGCCGGAGUCGUUUGCCUCAUCCCUGUCUGCUGGUCAUCAGCAUAUACCAUCUCAGAUUUCCAGAGUACUCUCACCAUCCAGACCCAAAAGAGGGAGCUUGGGGCAUCCAUAUACAUUGGUUGGGGUGCUUCAGGGUUUCUUCUGUUCGGAGGGAUCAUUUUAUGUACUGCCUGCCCAUCAAGAGACAACAUGUAUCCAAAUUACCCAGGCAUGUACCCCUAUCAAGCACCUAUGUACGGACCACCGGGAACUUUCGUACCUGCCAAAACAUAUGCACCUAGUGUUGCGUAUACUGGAACAGGGACGUAUGUUCCUAACAAACCUAAUUACUCCGCUGUUCCAGGACAAUAUCUUUAACUGACACCUCUUCAAAUAGUGCAUGUAAACUUUUACAUGUAAACUGUAUGUACAUCAGUGUUUUAUUAUAUCAAGUACUAAACACGAGUUCUAUUUUUGAAGUUUUGAAAGUUUCACUUUAUUUGCUAACCUCUGAACGGAGAUGAUGUGGGAAGACUUGUUUGUCCUGUUUUUUACUUGUCAUUCCAGUUGUUUUACUAAAGAUGUUGUCAUGCUAAUGACCUUCAAUGUGUACAUACUGUAUUUCUAUGUUUCAACAUAGUCAAUGAAUUUGGUUUCUGAUACUGUUGUGUCGUUCACGCAAAUCAUGCUUGAUUGAUGUCGUCAAAAAGAAUGUAACUUUUCAACACAAAAUGGGAUUAGUUUAUGUAUAUUAAAACAUAUAUUUUUCAAUAUCAUAAAUGUUAUGUUAUUUGUUUCCCCUUUAUUGCUUGAACGAAACCUAUUCUAUGAAAAUGCUGGAUUAUUUCAACACACAUUUGUGUAAAAUAUGA